AUGGCGGCCAACGUCGCAGGCAAUGGCUUGCAGCACUCGGGCGUGGCUGGGCAGUCGUCCGAGCACCAGACUUGGGAGGACAAGCUCGAAGCCGCGUCCGUCUCGAAAGACGAUCUCAAUGCACUUGUGUUCGACUACCUCGUUGUGGAGGGCUUCUCUGAUGCCGCGGUCGAGUUUGCUCGCGAGACGGGGAUCUCGUCGACGAUCGACCAGGAUAUGAUCCAGGAAAGGAUGGAGAUUCGACAAGCAGUAGAGGACGGUUGCGUUGAGGAAGCCGUUCGUCGCGUCAACGAGUUGGAUCCUGAGAUCCUUGACACCAACCCACCUCUGUUAUUUCACCUCUUCCUUCUUCGACUCAUCGAACUGAUCCGCGCAGACCGCGUCGAGGAAGCGCUUCAGUUUGCCACACUCGAGCUCGCUCCUCGCGGUGCACAGAACCCGGAGUUCCUUGCCGAUCUCGAGCGCACAAUGGCUCUUCUAGCCUUCCCCGACCUCGCCAAGGACGACGCGUCGUCAGACUCGUCAUUCGAGGCAAUCACUCAGCUCAUGAAGCGUACUCAGCGUGUCAAGGUUGCCAAGGAGCUCAACGCUGCGAUUCUCGAGAGCCAAGGGCAGGGCAUGGAGACGAAGAUGGCUGGGCUCCUUCGUCUUAUGAAGUGGGGUGAGGACCGCCUUGAGAAGAAUAAUCUCCGUGUGCAAGACGAUCGCGGCCGGCAAUGGGCAGACGUUGUACUCCGAGAGGUGUAG